AUGGAUACGAAUGAAACAACACCCAUUCUCUCUUCCGAUGAUCCAACAGGUGUGAGUUCUACGUAUCAAACCAACGACCACAACAAUAACAACGAGGCUGUCCAGAGUGAGUAUGAUGAGGCUAAACCACUUCUCGUCAAGACUCCGAAGGUUUAUAAAAGGCGAUGGUUUAUUCUUCUCAUUCAGUCCAUGCAAUCGUUAUUGUCUGCUUUUUAUCAAACCAUGUUCACCUCCAUUACAUCGAGCGUUUUGAGAUAUUACAGAAUGAAAGCGACCGAUGGUUGGAAAGUUUCAUUAACUGCUUCUGUAUAUUUAAUGUUGAGUUUUCCAGUGGGUUUACUUGCUGCUUAUACGAUGAAGAAAAAAGGUUUAAGAUUUUCAUUAUUUAUUGGAUCAAUUUUAGCGUUUAUUUCAGCUUGGAUUAGGUUUGCAGGAUUUAAAUCUGGAGAAGAAUUAUUCUUUUGGAUUGCAUUUGCUGGAUAUGUGGUGGGAGCACUGUCUUCGCCGUUUGUCGUCAAUACUGGUACUUUGCUUUCCAAAACUUGGUUUCCUGCCAAGCAACGUACUAUUGCAACAACCAUUACAUCGUUUUUAAACAUUGUUGGUACAGGUGUUGCAUUUGGUGCUGCAGCUGGUCUAGCAGGAGAUGCUAAUUACAACAACGACCUUGGAAUGAUCGAGUUAUUGGCGCUACAGGCCAUUCUUGCGAGUGUCUUCUUAAUAAUUGUCGUGAUAUUCUUCCAAGAUAAACCACCCUCUCCACCUUACAUGGUAAAUGAAGAAAGCCCAGAAGAAGAAUUAUCAUUUCUCCAUGAAGUCAAGAAAAUGUUCACAAAUAUUCCAUUUAUAUUUAUUUGGCUAGCGUUUGGAUUUGGAGUGGGCUCUGUUAAUUGUUUCCUGACAGAGUUGAAUUCCAUCGCGACACCUCAAGGAUACAGUGUCAAUGAAGUUGCAUUUAUGGGAAUUUCAUUUGUGGCUACCGGUCUACUUGGAGCUGCCUUAUUUGGAGUUGCAGCAGACAUUACUAAACGAUACAAAUUAAUUUUACUCAUUGCAGGAAUUCCUGCCGCUGGUUGCUAUGUUUGGUUCUCAGUGAACAACCUUGCAAUACGCACAGACACUCAUUUCAUCUUAGCAAUGGUCUCCAUUUGCCUUAUUGGAUUCUUUGGAAUUCCUCUUGUUCCAAUCAUGCUUGAAAUGGCCUGUGAAUUGACAUAUCCCGUCCCUGAAUCAUUCAGUGCAUCUCUCAUGUUUGGAAUUGGUAAUUUGAUGAGUGUUAUUUUUAUAUUUAUUUCAGAAGCUCUCAAACAAACACAAAUAGAUCCAAGAAGUGGCAGAGAAGUCGUUCUUUCCAUGCAAAAUUCCAUGUGGUUCUGCAUGUCCAUGUUAUUAUGUAGUGUGGCUUUGGCGUGCUUGGUAAAACCUGUGUAUAAGCGAAUGGAACAUGAAAAGAAGCUCCACGAACAAAGUUUGCGAAAUUUACGUGCCAUCAAUAAUUGA